GUAUGGAAUAGCCCUUUGGCUGGUUUGGGUGAGAUGCCCUGGCUGUGUCGCCUCCCAAUUUCUUGUGUCCCUCCAGCCCUCUCACUGGAAGGGCCUGAAAAGUCCUUGCCUUAGUAUAAAUGUUACCCAGCAACAACUAAAAACGUCACUGUAUUAUAAAUAUUAUUCUCACACCAAAUCCAAAACACAGCAUUAUACCAGUGACUGAAAAGAAAAUUAAGUCUAUCCCAGCCAAAACCAGGAGACCAGCAGUGUUUGGAACACAGAGGCUGAGAGUGCCAAAAAUAGUGACAGAAAAGAGCACAAUUUGAGCAAACUAAUCACCAGUGAAACAUUCUCUAAUGAGUCCUAAAACCAAGGACAGUUAGGGUAUGUUGUGGGUAAUGCAGUAUACUUGAAACAAUCAUUCAGGGAGAAACUCUAAUACUUGCAUUCGGGCCCAAGACCACCUCUCCAAUCCCCAUGGAGAUGGCUGGUAGAGUAUUUUGUAAGAUGAGCUUAAAUCUUUCCAGGAAAGCCAAACGUUUUUAUUUUCUUUAGGUACAGAAAGAAAGUCUGAUUCACCAGUUCUCUUCAAACACUUACUAAAUGUUGCAGAUAAAUUUUAAGCAUUCUAGUAUUCAACAGAAUAUUCUGAGAUUCAUGACUUGAAGUUUUUCCUAGGUCUUUCUGAACUCUAACAGAAGAGUGCUCCUGUGGCAUGGCCCUUUGGCACAGUCCUCCAGCACUGUCCUGAUGAUGCCCCACACCAGGCUUCCUCAGCAAGAGGGCUUGGUGCCACUCUUAGAAGAACUCUAACCUUCCUGGGUAGGCACAUAGCAACCAGCUACAUCACGAGUGUCUCUCCAGCCACUCAGAGCUGGGGUAAUGAGAUUUCAGAGGGAAUCAUCCAUCUGAAUAGCUUUGCAGAAAAGGUGGAGUCCUAGCAGUACAGCUGCUUGCAGAGAGCCCUCAUUGUGGCCUUCUACAGACAGAAGUUCUGCACCCUCUGCCAAGCAUACUUCCACCCCCCACCCCCAUUAAUAGGAAGUGGUCUUCCAAACCUUCUCCAUGAUGAGGGGUGUGGGAAGGCCAAGGACCAAGAUUUCAGCCCUAACUUCUUCCAUCAGCCUGGAGUGAGAGCUCCAGGACUUGGUGAGCAUUUCCUCGCUGCCUAAGCUGCUGAGUCCUUCACAGGCAAUCGACCCAUUCUUUAUGGAGCUUUCAGGACCCACAGCUCUGCUUGCCCGCUAUGAAGAGAGCAGUCACCACUUAGGCCUCAGGUAGCUUCACAGGCUGCUAGGGCAUGACCAAAACCAGCAAAAGCAGGAGCAGUCAGAGCAGCAAAGUAAGCUUCUUGUAGAACCCUGUGACACCAAGUUCUCAGGAGAGGUUGUCUAUCUAAGGCUAUAGGGCACAGGGCAGUCAGGAGAGGAGCAGGCUGCUGCGCUGUACUGGUGAGGUAACGCAGCCCAUGAGGUGCAAAGGUGAGACAGAGUAAAUGACAGCUCCUGGUGGAUCAGGACAUUGGUGUUCAUUUAAGAAAAACCAAGAUCGGAGCUCUUAACCUGCUUGAUCGCUUCACACAUUCCCUCUCACACCACUCGCCCCUUUCCUCCCAGGGUCUAUUACGAGGUCCUGAGUUCCCUUCGUAGCAGAGACACUGCUGCUGGUCUAGGAAGGUCAGGCAGAAAGCUGUGCUUGGUUCCGUGCUAGCGGUCACUGGCAUUGCCAGCCAAGGGACCCCGGAUGUCCGCCAGCAUUUGCUUGCAUGAAUCUGCCCGAUUUCUAAGAACUUCUCUUCAUUGUCAGGAUCUUCCUCUCUCUUCCAGAAACUCUCCGCCCAGCUCCCGGCCCGCCCCUGGCCGCCCCGGCGGCUCCCGCCCGGGGCUGCGCGGUGCCCGCCCCCGGCCCGCCCCGGCCGCAGUGGGUGGUGCGGCGGCGCCAUGCGAUUCCGGGCUAAGAUCGUGGAUCUCGCCUGCCUCAACCACUUCAGCCGGGAAUUUCUUCGAUGAAUUUCAGAUGGAAGGUGUAGCUCCAGAACACAAUGAAAUCUAUUUAGAGGUGGUGCCUGAGAACCUGUCGAGAGCAUUAAAAACUGCCCAAAGUGCGAAGACAGUGAAGAUCAAGUUAACUAACAAACACUGUCCCUGUCUCAGAGUUGCUGUGGAAUUAGUGAUUGAAGCAAACUUGAGUGGAGAAAUGAACUUGAAAAUAGAAACUGACUUAGUAUCUGUAACAACACAUUUUAAAGACUUGGGAAAUCCUCCCUGGGCAUCAGUGGAUGAAUGUCAAGAUUCUGCUCAAGACAGAGAUCUGGAAAGCAUGGCUGAAGCACGCAUAGACAUCAAGAAGCUGCAGCAGCUGCUUGCUGGACAGCAGGUCAAUCCCACAAAAGCAUUGUGCAAUAUUGUAAGCAAAAGAAUUGUCCACUUCAUCUUGCUUCAUGAGGAUGUUUCACUGCAGUAUUUUAUUCCAGCACUUGCCUGAAUGUUUUGGAAUGUUGGUCACUUUCCAGCCCGAGGCCUUUUCCAUUAAGUCUGGAAACUUUCAUGAGCUGCCAGAGUACUCUCAUGUGAUAUGUUGUUAGAUGCAGCCAUCCGAUGGACAUUAUUUCCAUAUUUAUAAAACUGUUCAAAAUAACUCCUCAUCCAGAAGGCAUUUUUUGUGAAGAGUUACAUGCUAUGAAAGACACAAUGCUGAGGAGCUGGCAUAUCUGAGCAUUAUGGGGAGCAAAGCUGAUAUUUUUAUGUGUUUUUGCGAUGCUUUGAGCUGUGGGGAAGGCAAUGUAGGUUUUGGGUUUUUUUCUUCCUCAUCAACAAUGAUAAAGGUAGAAUUGACCUCUGGAGCUGCUGCUAGGUGUGUUCAGUGUUGUACAAUCCAGCUCCAAGUUAAGAGGUCUCCAAACAAGCUGUCAUACCUCCAUGUAGCAGGAGAGCAGUCUGGAGGGCUGACAGAUUUGCCUUUGCACAGGCCUCCUGAAGAGGUAUGGGAUUGACUUCUGUUGCAGCAGUGAUUACAUGGAAUUGAUGCUGCUGCAUGUUGUGCAGCAGAAAUGUGUCUGAGGCAGAGGAACUUCCUGUGGCUGUCAGCGUGUAACUGGGUGUAAAAGCUGCUAAGGAGCACCAACAGCUUAGCUGUGUCUUUUUGUACCUGGUUGUAUCUUUUGAUCUGACUUGCUCCAACAUAGUACAGUAGAACAGUAGUUCUCUCAGUGCUUGAAUGGAUGUGUUUAGCUCUUGCCCUGAAAGGAUGAGAGAAACAGUCCGAGUUACCUUGUUGAUGUGGGUGUUGAAGGUCUCUGUCUAUGUACAGAACGAGUAUCAUAUGAGGACAUGUGUGAACACAGCAGUUGGUGUGAAAUAAAGAGCAAGUUAUCUCUGGA